UUCGAGACCGAGAUUUUGCUUGAUCGACAGCGUGUACGACCGUUUACCUGUCCUAUAUGUCCUAACAAUCGGGCAUACACUGAUGCAAGCUCUCUGCGUCGUCACCUUCUUUCUCUACACUUUGAUUGGUAUCAUGAACAUCGGCAAGCACUAAGGUGGUCCGCUACUCCUGCACGUAGGCCUGCCACAAACAGCCCGGUACCACUGAAGGCUCGGCGUGGAACUCGUAAACUGGACAUCUCGCCUCUUCGGCUUCCACCUCAAUUCCAACUCGCAUCCAGUUCUCCAUCUGAUCAUCUUACGUGCCCAAUUGCUGCCUGUGUAAACCAAUUAUCGACGUCUUCAUAUGAGUCUGAUCUAAGGCCGCCUUCGUCUGAAGCCUCACAGCGCUCACCCCUUCUCAAUCAACCACUCGCACCACCACAAUCACCAUCAGUAGAUUUGGAAGCCUCUAAUUUGUAUGACCCUGCUUUUUUUUCAUCUGAUACAUCUUGUCUCGCUCCGUCUGGCGCUAUUCCCCGAGACUUGAGUCCGAACACGCACAUGUCCGCCUACUUUUCCCCUCGAAAGUCUGCCGAAGAAGUUUCCCAUUUUCCUAAUCGCCAACAUUAUGGUCGAACUUGUGUUGAAGCUUCUAUCAGCAGCUACAGCCCUAAGGCCCGAUUUGACAACUCUCUUAUCAGCGCAGCCACCACUCGGGAUCCUACUUUUGUGCCGAGGGCCACUAUUCCUUCCGAUUCCGACUUCCUCUGCGAGCAUAUGAGUCUUCCUGUCGAUCUUUGCAUGUCUGCAAUGUGUUUAACAGUGGGGUCUGAAUCUUUACGCAUUGACGACUUUGCUGAAUGUGAGGUAAAUCGCGCAGGUUAUCUAAUGCUAACAUCCUUUAAACAGUAA